AGACACACCUGUAGACCUUUUCGACUCUCUCAACCUCAUAUUCGGGGUCAUCGCCGCGUCUAUUGUCGUCCUCCAGCCGAGCCACCUCGUCCAAGGCCGCCUUAAGGCCGUCAGCAGACGCAUCCUGAGCCAUACUGGGACCGACAAGCAAUGGAAGCGCGUGCUAGCCGUCUUUUCUGGGCUCAGGUCUGGUCCAGCACCUGCGAGAUGGCCUCCAAGAAGCCAAUUUCACUCUCAGCAAGCGGGAUAGGGUUGUGGGAAAAUGUGGGCCGAGGUCGGAGGGUCCAAAACUCUGGACCCAGCAACCAAGGAAAAAUGAAGAUCGGGCAGUCAGGAAGGAGAGCCAAGGGGGAAGGGGUGAAGGAGGGAAAGGUGAAGGAGGGGGAGCACAGGGAAGAGGAUAUUUGCGAGCAAGUUCACACCGUCGGAUCAUUCACUCUGCAGCCCGGAGCAGCAAGAACAGCCCGCCCGCCGCUAUCGACUGCGGAGUCGUCCUUUCUCCAGAACCAUGGGACUGACUGCAUGAGGGCGAUGCAACCCAAGGAGGAAAGAGCUAGCUCAGUCAACCGAAAAAUUGCCUCAUCACAACCCCUCCCUCCAUCCGGAUGGAAAGCUUCUAGGCUUUUAGGUAGAGGUUGUGCCACCACCCAACUCGAGCAUUUUUGGACAGGACAUGCACCUAUUACUAACUCGAUGCCGGUGAUUUGCACCUCGUCCCAACCCACAUGCACAUGGAACACGACAUGGCCGAGGAGAUGCAGCAAGAGAGAAAACGGACCCUUUCUUGCUGGCAAAUCUCGCAGGUUCUAGCACCCUACCCAUCUAUUUAUUCAUUGACCAGUCUUCUCC